AUGGGUGUUUUCACCAGCAAGCCCGCCAGACCGGCGACGGUCCCAACAGACACCAUCAUCCCACUUCACUCAAAGGACGACACAAAGUCCCUCCGGCCUUUUGUGCUCGACUUCACGUUAUGUUUCGACGAUGUACUCGACGCCGAAAAACUCCGCAGUUCGCUAGAAAGACUGAUGGAGAUCGGGGACUGGAGAAAGUUAGGCGCCAGAUUACGUCUGAAUGAUGCUGGGAAGCUGGAAUACCACAUCCCAGCCAGUUUCAACGCGCAGAGACCAGCUUUCAGAUACUCGCAUAUGGAAUACGAGACCAGCAUCUCAGAACACCCCCUCGCAUCCAAGCUCCCGAGACCAACCUCUCGGCCCGCAGUCCUAAACCGCACAGACGAGUUCCAGUCCCUCCUACGCCGCCAAGGCGGCCCGACCAAGCUCGAGGACUACCUGGACUCAGAUGACGGGCAGCUCUCCCUCCACAUCGUCUGCUUCAGCGACGCCACGCUCGUCACGCUCACCUGGCCGCACACCUUCCUCGACGCCAUGGGCCGCCGCGCGCUCUACGAUGCCUGGCUCUGCGUGCUCAACGGCCGCGAAGCCGAUGUCCUGCCCCUGCACGGCUUCUCCUCCGAUCCGCUAGCCGGGCUCGGGACCCAACCCACGGAACCCUACGCGCUAGAAAAGCACCAGAUAACAGGCUUCGCGUUCUUCCUAUUCGCCCUCCGCUACGCCUUCGAACUCAUCUGGUACCCCGCGGAAGAAAUGCGCAUCAUAUGCCUCCCAGCACCCCACCUCAACGCCAUGAAAGCCACCGCGCUAUCCGAGCUAUGCGCCAGCUCCCCCGACACAGACACAGACACAGACACAGACACGAAACCCUUCCUCAGCGACGGCGACGUGAUAUCCGCAUGGCUAGCGCGUCUCGCGCUCUCCCCCACCCUCCCCCAGAGCUCACCACGCACCGUCCUCAUCAUGAACGCCUUCGGCCUGCGGGGCGUGCUAGCAAACGACCUCCUCCCGCCGCGCAAAGCAUACAUCGCCAACGCCUCCAACAGCGUGCACGCUCUGCUGCCCGCCCAUGAGAUCCUAACCCGCCCGCUAUCGUACACCGCAUGCGCAGUCCGCCACUCCAUCGCGCAGCAAGGCACGCGCGCCCAGAUCGAAGCCCUGGCCGCCAUUGAGCGCGCCACCUACGCGUCCUCUGGGCGCUCACCCGUGUUCGGGGACCGCAGUAUGAAGCUGGUCGUGGUCAGCAAUUGGACCAAGACCAAGCUCUUCGAAUUGGAUUUCUCGGCUGCCGUGGUGAAGGCGGGAGUGGAAGUGGGACUUGGGAGGAGACAUGGAGUAGGGAGGCCGAGAUACGUGCAUAGUUGUCCGUAUUCGAACGGGGUGCCGAUCCGGAAUGCCUUUCCGGUUUUCGGGAGGGAUGCGCAGGGCAAUUAUUGGAUGAGUGGGAUGUUGAGGGCGGAGACUUGGAGGAGCAUUGAGGAGGGUUUUAAGAGGGAAUUAUAG